AUGGUACCUAUUAUGCCGACAAUGCUUGUCUCUCGAGCUGGGCUCCCAUUCGAAGAUCGCGAAUAUUGGAACAGCGCUCUUCUGCUAUCAGAGGCGGCAUCAGCUCUUCUCUGCACGCCAAUAUUCGGAUUUUUCCUCGACUUCUCCGGGAAUCGCCAGGAUCUAUACCUCUUCGGUCUCGUCAUUUUGACAGGGUCCAUGACGUUAUUCAUAACCGCUAAUACGGUCAUGUGGUACAUGUACGCUAAAGUGCUACAAGGUGCUGCAACGGCAAUUUUGACUGUUUCUGGUCUUACAAUCUUGACCGAUGCAGUGGACAAACAUCAGCUUGGACAGAUGAUUGGUUAUGUGAGCACCGCUAUGAUUCUAGGCUUCAUGUCUGGAUCUCCCAUGGGAGGCAUGAUUUUUGAAUUCGGCGGGUAUUAUACUGUCCUCGGGAUAGCAUUUGGACUCAUUGCGCUCGACAUGUUAUUGCGACUAUCGGUUGUUGAGAAAAAGGUCGCCACACGCUGGCGGACGCUGCCUGAGUAUUGUCCCUACAAGGGCCAUACUUAUACAUCAGGUUAUUUCUCUUGUGAAACGAUCUUCAAUCGGGAUAACUCCCACGAUAAUAGUCGGCCUAGUGGCUCGCUGGCGCUGAUGAAGCUCUUGCAGCAGUCACGAAUCCUGAUUAGUUUAUGGGCUGUGAUCGUCAGUGCACUGGUCGUAUCCGCCUUGGACGCAACGCUUGCUAUCUUUGUGCAAGACGUGUUUCAUUCGAGUGCAUUGGGCUCCGGUUUAAUAUUCGUCCCCGUAGCCUUUGCAGCCCUUCUACAGCCGUUCUCUGUACAUCUUUGUGAGCGAUUCGGCUGUAGAAUCAUAGCACUUAUCGCCUUCGCUGCCCUAUCACCAACGCUGGUCUGCCUGCGCUUUGUCCAACAAGACACUGCAUUCGAUACCAGCAUCCUGUGCAUCAUCCUGCUCGGUAUUGGCAUAUGUGUAAACCUCGCCGAACCAGCUCUAAUACUCGAGAUCCAACGUGUUCUGCAUGGUAUUGAGAUGGAGGACCCGGCAGUCUUCGGCGACAACAGUGCAGUUUCACAGGCAUUUAGCCUCCAGAUAUUGGCCCGAUUUGGAGGAUUUGUGCUUGGGCCAAUUCAAGGCGGGUUUAUUUCAUAUUACUACGACUGGGAUGUAAUGACACUUGGGCUGGGUGUUCUAUCCCUUCUCACGGCUGUGCCUAUGCUUUGGCUCAGCAGUGCUGCUCAGAGUGUACAAGCUAGUGAUGAGGGGGAUGGAGAGAGACGGCCGCUGCUUUCUGCGUAG